GCUCGGUCAAGCAGACAGCGGGCAGGUUGGAGUUUUCCAGAUGCCGCAGCCGGGCGGAUGGUGGUGGUUUCGCCGUGAAAGGGCAGGUGUGGGCUGCCCAUGUCUUGCAUGCAGAGGGCUGCAACUCAAGCGCCGGAGGCGGUGGUGGCUCCGUGGCUGGCAGCUUCUACCAGGAUGGGGAGAGCUUAUCGAACUUCACAGCAUGCCGCGCCAAAGGUGGUGGUGGUGGUCUUCGGGUGGGGCGUUCCUUCGUCCAGUCCAGUAAGAAGGCCCUGUUUUUUGCUUGCACUGCUUCAUACGGUGGCGGGCUGUCCUCUGCGGAUGCGAUCAUUUCGGCUAACGUGGGCUUCAGCGGUUGCCAAGCAGAUCAAGGAGGAGGAGGGGGAGCGCUGGUGAACGGCUCUCUGCUUCAACAAGGAGGGAUUUUUGCCUUCCUGACCUGCUCAAGUGCGCAAGCUGGAGGUGGCCUACAAGUCAGAGACACCUUCAACCAGACAAGCGGCAGCGCAGUUUUCAGGGGCUGUGUGGCUCGGCGAAACGGUGGUGGUAUGGAAGUGGGCAGCGCGUGGUUGGCUGGCAGCGUUGAUUUCAGCAAAUGCACAGUCGGGCAUCAGAGCUGCCGUGACAAAGCGCGCGGCGGUGGCUUAGAGGUCCGAGGAACUGUGGUCAUCACAGGCAGCACAAAGUUCGACAGGUGUGAAGCAAAUAGUGGCGGAGGGCUUUCAGCAGAGAGGCUGGUCAGCAGGGGCGAGGUCGAGUUUGCGGCCUGCAGUGCCGUCUGCGAGCUCAACGGCGAGGGAGGUGCAGGAGCCCUGGUCCAUGGAGAUGUUUUGCAGGAUGGUGGGAAGCUGCGCUUCCGAGGUUGCAAGAGCGAGCGUGAUGGAGGCGGUCUUCAGGUGGGCGGGCGCUUUGAGCAGUCGAGCGGAUCUGCGUUUUUCGAUGCUUGCUCCGCCAAGGCCUCCGGAGGUGGCCUACAAGUCAGAGACACCUUCAACCAGACAGGCAUGGAAAGCACAGCAACCUUGUCCUUUCAGCACUGCACCGCUGGUGGUGAAGGUGGUGGAGCUUUGGUGCGCAGGGACUUCUUUCAGGACGGUGGUAAUCUCAAAUUUGAAGACUGCAACAGCUCCUCAGACGGAGGUGGUCUUCACGUGGAAGGCCGUUUCCAGCAGUCGCGGGGAUCUGCCCACUUCGAGAGCUGCUUCGCAAUCGGCUCCGGAGGUGGCAUGAAUGUGAAGAAGGGCGUCAGCUGGCACGGACUAUAUGGCUAUUUCGAGAAGUGCAAUGCAGCAGGCUCGAGUGGGUUGGAUGAACUGUCGUAG